AUGACUGGGCGGAAGCGUGUUAUGUGGGAUGAAAAGAACCUCGAAGACAACGAGGAAUAUCGACGUACUCAUCCCGUCACGAUGCACAUAACAGAACCAAAAACACCGUUUCAGUAUCCCGAGGACGAGGAAGAUUUUGAAGAAGCAUUAGAGAGAAAUGAUGACGGCGGUGGUGAUGAGGUUGAAAACGGUGGUACGUGGGACCCAAAAGUAAAUGAACUCGCACGACAAGUUCGAGAGGAGUUUCGCAAGGAGGCGCCUGUGGUGGUGGCGCCAGUGGCUCCAAGCGGGCGACCGAUGUUGUCAGAUGAAGUUGUGAGCGGUGAGGCGUUGGAAAAACAGCGGGCAGCUGAGUUCAAAACUAUGCGCAAAGCUGUUUAUGCGGACGAGGGGGCGCGAGUAAAGGCACUGUUAGGCAAAGGCAACACCUUUGAUGAUGAUGGUGAUGAUGGUGAUGAUAAUAACGAGGAGGAGGAGGGAGAGGAAGGGAAGAAGGCGGAGGAUAGCAAUGGCAUAGGUGAAAAGUAA